AGACAGAUGUGGGUUUCGCAGUCUUUACAUUCGUAACCACUGGAAUAAUUUCAUUGGCCUGUAAUUAAUAAAGCAAAGGCUGUUUUAUUUUUGCGUCACUUUACGCCUCGGCGCUGUUGAAUUCUGGAUUCCGAUUGGUCAGGGUGGUGUUUGUUCAUUUUUAAAGGUAUGUUAUGGUUUCUAUGGUAACAGUAUUCACGUGGACUUGUUGUUGUUGCGGAUGCUUCGCAGUUAAGGAGGAAAAAAAUCGACGCGGUGAAGUUCUAUGGGAGAUGUUUUUGUUUUUAUUUUAAUAGCUAUGGAAGGAGUCUCCAGUGUCGGAGCUGAGGUAAAGAAAGCUAUAGCUACAUUUUUCAAGUUCACGCUUCCUUGCGGAUUUGCAGUAAAAUGACACGCUCCCAUUUGUUCAUGGAUGGCAAUUUUUUAUUUUUACUUUUUAUUUAUUUAUUAUUAAGUGACCUCUUUUAAUAAAUAAAUAGAUAACCUUUGUGCAGUUACUGUGGUGUAAGAGGAAUAAACACUCCAGGUGCUUCACUGUAACGCCGCUUCAUCACACCGCUCUGUCGUUGAUUAUUUUCCUCUAAGGGCGUGCCACGAGUGUUUUAUUUUUAUUUACUUACUGGUUAAGGAUCUUUGCGAAGGUCUCGGCUGAAGUUUCAGUGAGUUUAGAAAUGUGUGAAAUCUUAUACGUGUGGAUAUUUUGUUUCUUUCUUCUUGCAGUAAACGACAAUAAAGAUAAGCACUAGCCACUGAAACCAUAAUAAACUGGUCAUUGCCCCCCACCAAAAACAAAAAGGGUUACACGUCCUCACCUCCACUUUAGGGAGGGGCAGGGACUCCAACCUCAUGCCGUUUGUUUUCCGUGUAGAGGAUCUGCUGUGUCUUGGGACCGAUGCAGACGCCUCCUCAGAUCUUCUCGGUCAGUGCCUGCUCUUGGGUCAGCAGAUUUUGUCGCUUUCAAGCUGAUUCCUUGGAGGUACCUGAAACCAUGUCAGUCAGCGUCCAUGAAAACCGCAAGUCAAGGACGAGCACAGGCUCCAUGAACAUCUCGCUGUUCCACAAGCCCUCGCAUCCCGACAGCGUCCUGACGCACCUUAAUACCCUCCGCAAACAGUGCAUGUUUACAGAUGUGACUUUAUGGGCUGGAGAUCGUUCCUUUCCUUGCCAUCGGGCGGUUUUGGCAGCUUGCAGUCGCUACUUCGAAGCGAUGUUCAGUGGAGGCCUCCGUGAAAGUCUGGACAGCGACGUCAACUUCCGCGAUAGCGUGCACCCAGAGGUCCUGGAGCUACUUUUGGACUUUGCUUACUCGUCACGGGUCAUCAUCAACGAGGAGAACGCAGAAUCGCUUCUUGAAGCCGCAGAUAUGCUACAGUUCCACGAUAUCCGCGAUGCCGCUGCAGAGUUCCUCGAAAAGAACCUUCACUCUUCUAACUGCCUGGGUAUGAUGCUUCUGUCCGAUGCUCAUCAGUGCAAGCGCCUGUAUGAACUCUCGUGGAGGAUGUGCCUGGUUCACUUUGAAGCUGUUCGGGACACUGAAGACUUUUACGGAUUGUCUAAGGACAAGCUUUUAGACCUUAUACUCAGUGACGAGCUGGAGAUCGAGGACGAGCAGAUAGUGUUCAAUGCGGUCGUGCGCUGGGUCAGGUAUGAUUUAGAUAGUCGCAGAGACUACCUCCCCGAGCUUCUUCGGGGAAUCCGUCUUGCGCUUUUGCCUUCCGAGUGCCUCAUCGAGGCCGUGGCUUGCGAGGAACUGGUCAUGUCAGACAAGCGGAGUCGGCAGAUCGUCGAAGAGGCCAUCCAAUGCAAGAAGAAGAUCCUGCAGAACGAUGGAGUCGUCACCAGUCCGUGUGCAAGGCCACGCAAAGCUGGUCACACCUUGCUUAUUCUUGGAGGCCAGACCUUCAUGUGCGAUAAAAUCUACCAAGUGGAUCACAAAGCAAAAGAAAUCAUACCCAAGUCGGACUUACCCAGUCCGAGAAAGGAAUUUAGCGCGUGCGCCAUUGGAUGCAAGGUCUACGUGACUGGAGGAAGAGGCUCGGAAAAUGGCGUGUCAAAAGAUGUUUGGAUAUACGAUACGGUCCAUGAGGAAUGGUCUAAAGGUGCGCCCAUGUUAAUAGCACGAUUUGGUCAUGGAUCAGCAGAACUGGAAAACAGCCUUUAUGUAGUCGGAGGUCACACCGCUAUAGCCGGCGUCUUUCCUGCUUCCCCUUCGGUAUCUUUGAAACAAGUAGAACGUUAUGACCCUCUGACCAACAAAUGGACCAUGAUGGCGCCGCUCAGAGAUGGCGUCAGUAAUGCGGCAGUGGUCAGCGCUAAGCUAAAGCUGUUUGUUUUUGGUGGGACUACCAUUCACAGGGACAAGGCUUCCAAAGUCCAGUGCUACGAUCCUCUAGAGAACCGAUGGACCAUAGCAGCGGAAUGUCCUCAGCCGUGGCGGUACACCGCAGCCGCCGUGUUAGGAAGCCAGAUUUUCAUCAUGGGCGGUGAUACGGAGUUUACCGCUGCUUCUGCUUACCGAUUCGACUGUGAAACCAACCAGUGGACACGCGUCGGAGACAUGACAUCUAAAAGGAUGAGCUGCCAUGCCGUAGCCUCGGGGAACAAACUCUAUGUGGUCGGCGGCUACUUUGGGACACAGCGCUGUAAGACGCUGGACUGCUACGAUCCAACAUCGGACAGCUGGAACAGCAUCACUACAGUGCCUUAUUCGCUCAUUCCUACUGCUUUUGUUAGCACCUGGAAGCAUCUGCCUGCCUAGCAGUCUCAGAAUGAAGAGGAUGGACUCGAAUGAGGUGUUCACGUUUCCGGACGACGUUACCGAGCGAGCGGGCGAGUGUGCGUGCCAUGUCUAAUGAUCAAACGAAGAGCGUCUCGGAUGGCUUACAGAGAGGAUCUCGUCAGUUACCAAACAGGAGGCGUGAACACACACUGACCUCUCGCACCGAAAGGUUUCUGGAAAAUCCGUCACUUUUGACUUGAAAAUGCACAUUCUUUGGCGACACGCCUGUACUACCUUCCAUAAGUAAAAAAUAAUAAUAAUAAUAAUAAUAAUAAUAAACUGUGAAGCAAAAGUGAAGCCUAUGGAACUCGACAGCACAACGUUCUCAAGGACUUUUGGUUACUGGGGAAAUGCAUCGCGGUUCAUUUGUUUAAAAAGACGAUGACUUUGCACACACACUGCGAGUUGAUGAGGGUUGUUUAACGUUUAAUCAAACUUCAUUUCUUUGAAUACGUGUGAAGAUAAAGGCAUGCGCCGAUAACCGGUUGCACGAUAUAUCACGGUAUUGAGCAUCGUGUCGAAUUUUCUUUUCAGCUAGACUUGCACAUUAAAAAUUCUCCAGAAACAAUUUGGCUAGCUGGCAGUAACGCAUCACCUAGUAUUAAGCUCCGCCUCUUCUCGAUUUCCAUUGGUUGCCACAUUUAACCCGUCAGUCAUUCCUGCCUCUAUCCACACAGCGAGAAAAAUAUGAUGCCGAGACUCUUUACCGUGAACAUGUGCAAUGCGGCUUGUUAAACACAGAAUAUUUGUAAAUACUGUUUAAUGAAGCGUCUGUAAAUAUGUUGUUUUAUAAUCCUGGCGAGCGUUAACGAGACACUACAGAUGUUUGUUUACGGUUGAAAUGUGGCCCGGACCCACGUCAGAUGACCGUCUCGCACGUCACCGUGAGCAUGUUGUUAAGAAACGAACGAAAACGGUCACGUUUGAAGAAAAUCCGGUGCCGUGACCCGGGUGAUUGAUACAAGAACACUAUUUUAAAGCAUGUGAACAGUAUUGCGCUUUAUAUUGCGACGUAUCGUAUGAACGAUUAUCAGCGCACGCCUUCCGAAGGACGAGGAGAGUUUUUACAGGAUUUUUAUAGGAUGUGAAAUUCAGACUGAGGAAAAUGUUUUAUUUUAAAGUUUAAUAAGCGACUUUUCCACUUGGAAAGGCACAUUUUUGGGACUGUGUGUUAUUGAAGAUUGAAGUCCUGCUCCAUGGGUUUUUCCUUCUCUUUUUUUUUGGCCGUUAAUCUGCUCUGCUGGAAAGUUGAAGGUUUGAAAUAAAUAACUUCCUGAUGCUUGUGA